AUGGUAGUUUUCAGAAAGGGUGAUCAUGUGUGGCUGGACACUCAACCAAACAGUGAAUUUAAUGUCCCUAUCGGGGCAGUUGUGAAGGACUCUGACUCAGGACGGAUCUUGCUGGAGGAUGAUGAAGGCAAGGAACACUGGAUCACAGCUCGGAACAUGCACAUGGUGCGCCUGAUGCACCCCUCCUCUGUCCAGGGGGUGGAAGACAUGAUCUGCCUGGGGGAUCUCCAUGAAGCAGGCAUGGUGCACAACCUCCUCAUCCGCCACCAGGAGCACAAAAUCUAUACUUACACAGGAUCAAUCUUGGUAGCAGUGAAUCCAUACCAGCUGCUGCCCCUCUACACAGUUGAUCAGAUCAGACUGUACUGUAACAAGAGGAUUGGAGAGCUACCACCUCAUGUGUUCGCCAUUGCAGACAACUGUUAUUUUAAUAUGAAGAGGAAUAAGAGAGACCAGUGCUGUGUGAUCAGUGGUGAAUCUGGAGCUGGGAAGACUGAAAGCACAAAGCUAAUACUACAGUUUUUGGCAGCUGUCAGUGGCCAACAUUCCUGGAUAGAACAGCAAAUCCUAGAGGCCAACCCCAUUCUAGAAGCUUUUGGAAAUGCCAAGACAAUUCGAAAUGACAAUUCAAGCCGCUUCGGGAAAUACAUUGAUAUUCACUUCAACCAAAAUGGUGUGAUAGAAGGAGCCCGGAUAGAACAGUUUCUUCUGGAGAAGUCCCGGGUUUGCCGGCAGGCUCCAGAGGAGAGGAACUAUCACAUCUUCUACUGCAUGCUAAUGGGGAUGAACACAGAGCAGAAAAAGAUGCUGAAUCUGGGUACUGCUUCAGAGUACACUUAUCUCACUGUGGGCAACUGCGUGUCCUGCGACGGCCGGAAUGAUGCAAAGGAUUAUGCCCACAUCCGCUCAGCUAUGAAGAUCCUCAUGUUCUCAGAUUCUGAGCACUGGGACAUCAGCAAGCUGCUGGCUGCGAUCCUGCACCUAGGGAAUGUAGAGUUUGAAGCGGCUGUGUACGACAACUUGGAUUGCUCUGAUGUGAUGGACUCGCCACACUUUUCAAUCGCAACCAAACUGCUCGAGGUGGACUCCAGUGAACUCCAGAACAGCCUCACAAACCUCUCCAUCAUUGUCCGAGGAGAAAGUGUGUCCAGGCCUCUGAACAUAGUUCAAGCCGCAGAUGGGAGGGAUGCCUUUGUGAAGGGUAUAUAUGGACGGAUUUUCCUGUGGAUAGUGAACAAGAUCAACUCAGCCAUUUUCAACCCAGCUUCUCAGAAGUCUAAAGACAGACGUCAGUCCAUUGGGCUGUUGGACAUUUUUGGGUUUGAAAACUUCAACAACAACAGCUUUGAGCAGCUCUGCAUUAACAUUGCGAAUGAGCACCUUCAGCAGUUCUUCGUGCACCAUGUCUUCAAGCUGGAGCAAGCGGAAUACCAUGCAGAGCACAUUGUCUGGAAUAACAUUGACUUCACUGAUAACCGCCAGGCUCUGGAAGUCAUCGCGCUCAAGCCUAUGAAUAUCAUCUCCCUCAUUGAUGAAGAGAGCAAGUUCCCAAAGGGCACAGAUGCCACCAUGCUCAUAAAAAUCAACUCCCUCCAUGGCAAAAGUAAAGUCUACAUCCCACCUAAGAGUGUCCAUGACACCAAGUUUGGCAUCAACCAUUUUGCUGGGGCUGUCUUUUAUGAAUCAAAAGAUUUCCUGGAGAAAAAUCGGGACACACUGAGUGCUAAUGUAAUGCAAGCAGUUCAUUCCUCCAAAAACAAAUUCCUGAGAGAGAUUUUCCAGGUGGAAACGACCCCACCUAGUCUGGGACGUGGGACCAUCCGGCAUUGUGGAGCUGACCAGGCCUAUAAAUGUGGCUUUCUGCUGUCCAGAACAUCUGGCCAUGGACAGGGCUUGGAUACCGCCAAACGGCUCUCUACUCUGGGAGGACAGUUCAAGCAAUCCUUGGAAAAACUAAUGAAAAUCCUUGAGCAGUGCCAGCCAUACUUCAUCCGCUGCAUCAAGCCAAAUGACUACAAGAAACCACUGUUGUUCGACCGGGAACUGUGUAUCAAACAGCUGCGAUAUUCAGGGAUGAUGGAGACCAUUCAGAUCAGGAAAGCUGGCUACCCAAUUCGCUACAGCUUUGAGGAGUUCUUUGAGAGAUACAGAGUUCUCCUGCCAUGGUCUCUUCGAGAACAGCUGAAGAAUGAUGCUCGACAGAGCUGUAUCAGCAUCUCUGAAGCAGUGCUGGGCAAGGAUGAAAGCUGGCAAGCUGGAAAGACCAAGAUUUUCCUUAAAGAUCAUCAUGAUACAGUAUUGGAGCUGCAACGCCAAAAUAUACUCACAAAUAAGGUUCUUCUUAUCCAGAAGGUGAUGAGAGGAUUGAAGGACAG